AUGGGAUGCAAAGAAUCGGUAAAUGUUAAAUCUGUUGUAACACCAAAACCGGCAAUACUCCAAAGUUUUGAUGACAUUCAGCUUAAACCAAUAGUGUCAAAUGGCAGUCACAGUCACCAUGAAGAUAAUAAGAAAGACGACUCUACAUCUAAUUACUCCACUAUUUCCGAUAAGCCCAAUUAUCGACCGAGUACUAGUCAAAAUAGUCGGAAAAGUCAAAACAGUUAUUGCUCUUCGUCUAGCCUACUUACUCAAGGAAUCACAGUUGAAAACGAUACGUUCCGGAUUGAUAUUCGACCAUUAGAUUCGUAUGCAUUUAAUGAUAGGUUAGUACAACAACGUCAAGCUGCUAUUGAUAACGUUGUUUAUCGUACCGCUGUCAAUUCAUGGCGUCCCAACUCAAUUGAACAAUUAAUUGAACAGAUCCGUAAUCUUUCGACAAACCAAAAUCUUGUUGAUAAAGCAUGGAUUAUAUUCUAUUGGGUUACUCAAAAUAUUGAAUAUGAUGUGGUGUCUUACUUUUCAAAAAAUUAUGCAGAUCAAACAGCUGAAGGUGUGUUUCGAACACGAAAAGGUGUAUGUGCUGGUUAUGCCAAUAUUUUUAAACGUCUAUGUGAUGGUAUUGGAUUAGAAUGUGUCAAAAUAGGUGGUUACGCCAAAGGUUAUGGAUUUGAUCCAAAAGCAACUGUUCUAACUGAAACAGAUCAUGCAUGGAAUUCAGUUCGAAUUGAUAAUCAUUCGUAUUUAAUUGAAUCAACUUGGGGCGCAGGCUCUUUAAACGAUGAUAAACAAUUUAACAAAAAGCUAGAUACUUAUCAUUUUCUAUCACAUCCAGAAGAGUUUAUUUAUAAACAUUUACCAGAAGAGGAAAAAUGGCAGCUUUUAGCUUCUCCAAUCGUUAUGGAACAGUAUAUGAAGUUGCCUGCUGUUUGUCCACUAUAUUUUCAGUUCAAACUCGAAAUUGUACAUCCAAAAUCCAACAUUGUACAACUCUUAAAUGAUGAUUCAUAUACCGAAGUUCAAAUUCGAACACCAAUGAAUGUAAGAUUAAUUACCACGUUGAAACUAGGUGAUAAAGAAAUUCAAGGAGGAAAUCAUGUGCGAUUUGAUCCUGAACAGCAACUAUGGCUCUGUUAUUUCGCUCCACCAUCUAAAGGAUUCUAUGAAAUGAUGAUCUAUGCCAAAGAGAAGAAUGAUCCAGGUGACUAUCGAAACGCACUUAUGUUUCAUCUUGAAGUGAUGGAUAUUAUCAAUCCAAUUAGUUUCCCUAAAGUAUCUGCGAGUUUUCAUGAACUCGGAUUGAGAAUAAUACAAUCGACAUAUCAACACACCCUAAAACUGGAAAAAGGUGCCACUCACACCAAAAUUCUUUUGCAUUCACCACUGGAUGUCAUACUAAUAGCUGGUUUAAAGAAUUCUAAGGGUGUAGAAGUUCCUGGUGGACACAGAGUCUCUUUUGAUAAAGAGAAACAAAUAUGGCAAUGCUUAUUCGCACCACAAUCAAAUGGUCUUCAUGAGAUAUCGAUUUAUGCUAAAAAGCAAGAUGAUAUUGGUAGUUAUCCGUGUGCUGUUACAUUUAAUCUUGAAGUUUUCAAUUUAACUCAGCCAAUUAGCUUUCCAGAAACAUUCCAACCAUAUUAUGAUCUUGGAUUGAAAAUUAUUCAACCUAAAUUUCAGCAUACUCUGCGGUUAAAAGACAGUACAACACAUGUUCAAAUUCUUAUUCAAGCACCACUGGAUGUCAUACUAAUAGCUGGUUUAAAGAAUUCUAAGGGUGUAGAAGUUGUUGGUGGACACGAGGUCUAUUUUGAUAAGCAGUCAUCAUUAUGGCGAUGUAUGUUCGCCCCGCAAGAAUCCGGUCUACACGAAAUUGUGAUUUAUGUGAAAAGGAAAUCUGUGCAAUGUAACACGUGUGCUCAAGCUCUCAAGUUUAAUCUUGACGUUGAACAAGCACCUCGUCACCCUAUAUCAUAUCCAAACACAACGUCCUAUUUUUAUCAUUAUGAUUUGCAGAUAAUUGCACCCAAUAAUAGCCGUUUUUCUGUUUGGCUUCAAAAUGGCUCGUACAGUGAAAUCGUUUUACGUGCCCCUAUGAACAUCCAAUUAGCUGGUGAAAUCAAAUACAAUAACCGGAAAAUUGAAAAUGGAAGCCUUUUGCAGUAUGAUUGGGACAAGAAUUUGUGGCAAUGUUUGUUUGCACCUCAAACAACAGGAAUCCACAAAAUUAUCAUCUAUGCAGUAAAGAUUGGAGAAUCUGAUAUGCUACAUUCAGUAGUCGAGUUUGAUCUGGAUGUUACUCAUUUGAAACGUUCAAUCAAGUUUCCGCAAACGUAUAGUUGCUUCCAGCAGACAAAAUGUAAAAUUUACGAACCACUUGAAGAUAAUCUGAAGCGAGGUUCUACCGUCACACUUCAUUGUCGAAUACCAGAUGCUGACAAAGUUCGGAUUAAAUUAGGAUCACAAUGGCUAACAGAAGGCGGUUAUGAGAAGAAUAUUUUGAAACGACAAAUAACACUUUCAGAAGAAAAUAUAACCAUCAUGGCUAGCUAUAAAGACGAAGACUUUCUGGCACUCAUCGUCUACACAAUGAAAUAA